AUGUCGUCGGCUGAGGAUGACUAUAACGACAACGAGCAAGGCUCCAUUUCCAUGCCUGGCUCAAAGAAGAGGAGGAUCCAGCGCGCAUGUGACAUAUGCCGUCGCAAAAAGAUUCGCUCAUAUAGCUUUGAGUGCACUUAUGUCGAGGCUGCAAAGUGCCUGAUCAAGUAUGUCGAAAGCCUCGAAAACCGCCUCGAGAAGAUGGAGAAAUUGCUGCAGAAGGUCUGCCCAGACGCAGAUUUCACUCAGGAGCUCGGGGGCGGUCACAUCGAUAGGGAGAAAUGGGCCAAGGCUGGCCAGGGCGCUGCCACUCCCGCGGAAGAUCUGGUCCCCAGUGACGACGAGGAGUUGAUUCAGCUCCGCUUAACAGAGAGUAUCCGAAGCAUGGCCAUUAACCCAAUGCAUUACAGGUUUUUUGGGAAAUCGAGCGGGAUCAUGUUCAUUCAGAAAGCCAUUGAUCUUAAGAAAGAGUACACUGGCGAUGAAGAUUCCGAGAAUUUUUGGGUGCGCAAGCGCCCCGAGUUUGAUAGUUGUUUUCCAUGGGAGCUGGCUGGUAAGACUAUAGUGGAUCCGAAUUAUGUGUUUCCAGACGAUGAUUUGGGAUUGGCGUUGGUGGAUCUUUAUUUUAACUAUAUCAACUCGCUGUAUCCUUUCCUGCACCGACCGAGUUUCGAGAGUAGCAUCGCGGAAGGUCUCCACCUGCGUGACUCCUCCUUCGGUGCCGUCUAUCUGCUUGUCUGUGCGGUAGGCUCGCGAUGGUCAGAUGACCCACGCGUCUUCCUGGAAAAUACUACUUCUGAACAUUCAUGCGGUUGGAAAUAUUUUGAGCAAGUUCAGAUGGUCAGGAAAACUCUCCUUGGCCCUCCUUGUUUGUAUGAUCUACAGGUGUACUGCCUAUCUGUCAUAUUCUUGCAAGGCUCUUCUGCCCCGCAGGCUUGCUGGACCAUAGUUGGGAUAGGAGUGCGUCUGGCUCAGGAUGUAGGCGCUCAUAGACGCAAAGUUUAUAACCCAAAACCAACGAUGGAGGACGAACUGUGGAAGCGCGCGUUCUGGGUUCUCGUUACUCUGGACAGAAUAAGUAGUUCUUCGUUGGGCCGACCGUGUGCUAUUCAAGAUGAAGACAUCGAUCUCGAGUUGCCUAUCGAAUGCGACGACGAGUAUUGGGAGACAUCCGACCCUGAAAAGGCAUUUAAACAACCAUCAGACAAACCAUCAGCCGUCUCAUAUUUCGUCAACCUGUUGAAGCUCCAUCAAAUUCUCGCUUUCGCUUUGCGAACAAUCUACUCUAUCAAUAAGUCCAAAGUCCUCCUUGGUUUUGUCGGACAGCAGUGGGAGCAGCAUAUUGUUGCUGAGCUUGACUCUGCCUUGAACAAAUGGAUCGAUGCAGUCCCAGAUCAUCUCAGAUGGGAUCCAAACCGUGAAGACGACCGUUUCUUCAUGCAGUCUGCGGGCCUCUACGCUACGUACUAUCACCUUCAGAUCCUCAUUCACCGGCCCUUUAUCCCCUCCCCUCGCAAACCCUCUCCGCUAUCCUUCCCUUCCCUUGCUAUCUGCACGAACGCCGCACGGUCGUGUAGUCAUGUGAUUGAUAUACUACGCAAACGAUCUGGGGUUGCGAGCCCUUAUGUACAGAUGUCCGCUUUUACUGCAGGUAUCGUACUCCUUCUCAAUAUUUGGGGCGGUAAACGGUCUGGUCUUGCCACGGAUCCAAUUAAGGAGAUGUCCGACGUGCAUAAGUGUAUGCAAGUGUUACGAGUUUGCGAACGACGUUGGCAUUCGGCUGGUCGUCUGUGGGAUAUACUCUACGAACUUGCUUCUGUCGGAGACCUCCCUCUCCCACAACCAAGUCCCACCGGCGGCAACAAACGUGAACGCGAUUCCGAUAGUCCUAUAUCCGCUGCUCCCUCUAGCUCGAGCUCCGCGGCUGUCGUUCCAGAGGUUCCUCGAAAUAUUGCAGGCUCGCGCCGUGUAUCCCAUGAUAUUCAGCCACCACAACAGCAACAAAAACAGCAGCUGCAGCCAGCACCGACACCGCCCAAUCCAGCAGCUGUGUUUAACUUGCCUGUGUAUAGUGACGACCUCGGUCGGCUGCCUCUCCAUGGUCAAGUGAACUUUGCCAAUCCAAGCGGGGCGAACCCUCUCGAUGCGUCGGCUGGCAUGUGGUUUCCCAUGGGCACGCCCUCUGCGCCCACUCAGCCUAGAUCGUCCGGGGUAUUGGCAAACGCUGGGGUGGGACCAUACCGUGAUGUGUCAGCGCCGGCGUACACGAUGGACGAGCUGUUCUAUGAUCAGAUGGCGAACCAGUAUGCUUCCCCAUUUUCGUCUGCGCAGGCUGGAGCAACGGGCCAGUUUGGAGGCCCUGGACCAUCUAUGCAAGCGUUGAUGGGCGGUACAAGCGCUGCGACACAGCAGCAUGUGGGGAUGUUAGGGCAUGCAGGUGUGCAUGCUGCUAAUUCGGUUAUGGAUGAUGAUGAUGAUACGAUGGCGAUGUGGUCGAAUGCGCCUACUGGCUUUGAGUUGGAUGACUGGGGAACAAUCUUCGUGGUUUGUAGCAAAUACAUUGGAGAUGGACGAAUAGGGGGAGUGUAUCAGUGUAAGCUAUGUGACUACGAUCAUCUGUUGAAUGAGGGUGUUAUCAAGCUAUUGCAUGAUCAGAAUAAGGAGAAAUAUUUGGGAAUACGUUCUGAUAUGCCCCCAUCGCAUGGAUGUUGUAGAAACAGAAAGCAUAAACGAUAUAUGACAUUUCUUAAGAUCAAAGAACUACAGCACUCAAUAAUCCUAUCGCAUCCUCAGCAUUUCCUCGACUCGCUCCUUAUACCGCUUCGACUCACUGCCCCACCCCCCGAUGCGCCUCAUGGUCCCGCCAACAUCGACUCCAAGAUGGCGAAUGAGUUCCUGCUGCUUUUUCUUUGUGGGCCGGUGGUGGCUAAGACACCACCAUAUAAUGCCCUUCGUAGAAAGCAUUUCGCGCAGAGACUCUUCGCAUCCGGGACUGCAAGGUGGGGUGAUGCGAAAAAGACGAGCAACGGUGCGGCGGAGGAGACGGGGGAGCCAGUAGAGGGUGUCGAGGGGUACGUAGGGGAUGUUGAGAGCCUGGGCGAGGAAGAGUCCGAGGGUGGACUAAAGUGGGAAGAAAAAGGAGCGUCACACACCGACGUUCCCUAUUAUGUGGAUCCUGUACCUUCCUUGCUCGUCACCCAGAAGCGGAGGGACCUCCAUCGAAUAAACUUUGCCAGGAAAGAGGACCCACGAAUGUACUUUGGCUUUCACCAUAUCUCGACAUGCGUUUCGGAACCGAUUGGCAUGGGAUCAAAACUGAGUCAAACCAUGCAUUGCUUCCAUGCUGUCUGCCACGUCGACAUUUUGAUCCUUGGUGCUGGAUGGACGUCCAAAUUUCUUAUACCACUCUGUGAAUCCCGUGGUCUUUCGUUUGCAGCCACAUCUCGUGCUGGAGGCAAUGGCACCAUCAAAUUCGAGUUUGGCGACGACGGCGACGACGAAGAGCAAUACAAUGCUCUUCCCAACGCCCAGACCGUGCUCAUAACAUUCCCCAUCACCGGCAAUGGUGCCUCUACGCGUCUCGUCCAAUCCUACGCUCAUACACAUGGCCAAUUAUCAGAAACACACUUCAUCCAGCUUGGGACGACGAGCAUAUGGGAUAUGUCGGCCAUGAAAGACACGACGUCUGCUUGGUUCGACCGUCAGUCACCUGUCAAUGAUCAUCCCCGUGCACGAGCAGAAGCCGAGUUCUUAGCCUUGUCCUCCGGUUCAGUCUCCACAACCGUCCUUAAUCUCUCUGGUCUCUGGGGUGGCGAGCGCUCGGUGAAGAAUUGGAUCGGAAGGGUCCUGAAUUCGAAAGAAUCUCUCAGAAAUAGAGGAAGCCUACACAUGGUCCACGGCAUAGACGUUGCCCGCGCCAUCCUCGCUGUUCAUGUACAGUUUGGUCUGGCGAAAGGACAGCGUUGGAUUAUAAAUGAUAUGCGCGUGCACGAUCUCUGGGAGCUAGCAGCAGCUUGGGGAGACCCAAAUAUUAGUGGUCAGGUUGAUGGGGAUGCUAGUACUAAGCAGGGCUCUGUUCCACUGGAUGAUAGUGACCCUCCAGGUCCACAACCACGAUGGGUGAUGGAGCUUAUGAUGGAGGAAGGUGCUAUUAGAUUCGAGAGAGUUUUGGACGACGUUUGGGUUAUUGCCGAGUAACGCUCGCUUACAAUAAAUAGGCCGAUGCUUUCUUAUACCGUUGUACUUUUAAUGUUGUAGAGUAGGAGGUCGGAACAACUACAAGCAGAAGUGCUCCAUGUA